AUGAACUCGGCGACUCCUCGAGUUUUAUUCUUUCACGGUCUCGAGUCAGGAGUCAAUGGAAAGAAAUCUCGAUACCUAGCUGAACAAUUUCCUAAUAGUUUUACUCCUAACCUCAAACCUUACUAUGCACUUCCAUGUUCUCUCUGGAAAGCAAUUGUGGCUAUUCAUCGUUUUAAACCGAAUGUUAUUGUCGGAAGCAGUUUCGGUGGAUUUAUAGCCAUGUUUCUUCUUCAAACACGAGUGUGGAAAGGCGAUACAAUUCUAUUAGCACCGGCAACAGGUCUCCUGUUCAAGAAAAGACUGUGGUUACCUGCAGACGAUCGAAACAAUAUUGUUAUUGUAGCCGGAGCAAAUGAUACAACUGUACCAUUGGACGGAUUAAGCAAAUUACAAAACUUAUCUUUGAAUAACGUGCAAUUUCUCAUCGUCGAAGACGACCAUCAAUUGAACACUUCAAUGAUUGAGCAAAAUCAAUUAAAAGAUUUAAUCAAUGCUAAUUAUCAGUCCUCGAUAACCAAUAAUACGAUCAACAAUUAUUUCGAUUGUACAAGACUAUGGCUUCGUUGCUUAUUAUCUCUGAUAGUAUCAUUUAUUCGAGAACCAUUGACACUCUAUCGCACAACUAAAAGACUCCGUGAAAUGUAUAAACCGGACUGA